GGAGCUCCACGCCUCCUGUCUCUGGCUGCACACACUCUGCUCUUUGAAGUAGCGAGCGUGCAUGUCCCACUGCUGCCGCCACCGGGCCUCCUGCUCGCGGCGCCGGAUCAUCUGUUUGGCGUGCACCCGGGUCCGGCCGGGUAUACAGGCCGAGAGGGCGGGCAGAGCCAUGGACCUGAAGCGGACAUGAUCAUGAUCGUAGAGCACAGGCUACCUGCCGCCAUAGAGAUAGAGAUAUUCCACAGAUCUCCACUAGUUGGCAGCAAAGCAGCGUGUGGCCAUAGACUGGUGUCAGCUGAUCGGAGCACGUCAGGUUCGGUCCGAGUGUCCCUGCAGGACGAGGAGGCGAUGACCCGGAUCCUCCAGUAACAAGUGGAUUUCAUGAGCUGGAGGCUGGAUACUUCACCAUCACCUGAGUUCAACAGGUGAGCGUGUGUCCGGACUAAAGCGAUGGCUCUGCUAAUGGAGCACCAGUUCAGGCAGCUGCCAGCUGACAGACAGGUGGAAACAAGACCGUUUCUGGAGGCUGUGUCAUACCUUCCACCGUUCUUUGACUGCCUUGGCUCCACUAUUUUUGCACCAAUCAAAGCGGACAUAUCUGGGAACAUCACAAAAAUCAAGGCAGUUUAUGAUACCAACCCAGGACGGUUCAAGACCCUCCAGCAGAUUUUGGAGGCGGAGAAGGAAAUGCAUGGAGCACAAUGGCCCAAAGCUGGAGCGACGUUGGCUCUCAUGUGGCUGAAAAGGGGUCUACGAUUUAUCCAAGUCUUCCUUCAGAGCCUAGUGGACGGGGAGAAGGAUGACAACAACCCAAACCUCAUUCGAGUCAAUGUCAGUAAAGCCUAUGAAAUCGCCCUGAAGAGGUACCAUGGCUGGUUCGUGCAGCAACUUUUCAAGGCAACUCUUUACGCUGCUCCUUACAAGACAGAUUUCCUGAAGGCCCUCUCCAAGGGUCGGGACGUCAAGGAAGAGGAAUGCGUGGAGAAAAUACGAAAAUUCCUCAUCCACUUCUCUGCCACUGUUGAUGCUAUUUAUGACAUGUACAGUAAGAUGAAUGCUGACCUUGACUACGCAGUGUGACUGCUGGACGUUCCUCUCUUCUCCAGUGAUCCACGUAAUUUAAAAAGUCAUUUACAUGAUGCAGUCAACACUUACUGACUUGGUUUCCUUCAGGUCAUCUGACAGCUCACUGUGAGAGUCAUCACUCGCUCUUACAUAUGUGAGAGAGUUACACCAAAAAUCCAGGUGUUCCAGAUGUUUUUAAACAAGCAACUGGAGCAUUAAGUUAACAAGCAUAGUGUCUGAUGUUGACAGAUUUACUAUACCACACAACUAUCAUGCAUUAAUAUAAUCUUUUUAACAAUCAUCUUUACCUUAAAGUGAUACAGUUUUGUUUGAACAUUUUUUAAUGCUGUAUAUAUUAAAGAAAACAUUGUGAAGUCUUAGAACUUAGCUUUAAAAUCCGUCCACCUCACCUGUAUAUAAUAUACAGUAUAUUCUAUAUCAUGAGGAAGAAAAAAACUACAUUUAUUUGUAAUUAUACAUACAAUCAGAAAUUUACAUAUACAUUUAUUGUGUUUGUUUUCCUAAUGCAUUUGAAUUGUUGUGGGCUUAGCAGGAGUUCAAUAUAUGUAUAUAUAUAUAUAUAUAUACAUAUAAAUCUCACUAAAAUAUAGGGUUUUGGCUUAUAUUUUGAACUUAACAAUUGAAAAUGGUCUCAUCCUAUGAAAUAAAAGCCACAUUGUGCAAUUGUCCAUCACAUUUGGGGAUAUGAAUAGAGUUUAAUUAACAGUUUUAUCUCUAAGUUACCACAUUGUCAAUUUAUGUAUUACCUUUAAGUUAUACAAAACAUAGCCAUUUUAACAGGACCUCACUCACCGCGUGCUGGUUCGACAUUUUUGAAAACUCCACACAGCACUUUGAGUAUGUACUCUGUUAAAAAUGGGUUUUAGUAUUGCACAACUGUUUGUGCCUUAAGCUGGAGGUAGAGACCAUGUCAGCUUUUCUGCCUGUAAUCAUUUAUAUCCUUAUACAAUUAUUCUUAUGCACAUCACCGAGUGUAAACCAAGCAGGCCAAUUAAGGACGAAAUGUUGAUUUUAGUUUGGAUCUCUGCCUCUGUUAUGUCUUUGCAAUGCAACACUUGUAUAUCUUUGCUGUUAGGGUCCAAAGCAGUGCUUUAUCAAAUGUUUGAACAUUAAAUAAAA